AUGCUGCCCCUCCGCCCCGCGCUGCUGCCCAAGCGCUACCGAGGCGGCUCGGCUCCGCGCUCGCGGCCGGGCCGCGCGGCCGCCCGAGCGGCGGCGGCGGCGGCAGCAGCAGGAGGAGGAGGAGGGCGCGGCGGCGGCGGCGGGGCCCCGGCGUUGGGCCCGCGCGGCGGCGGCAGCGGGGCGGGCCGGGUGCCGGUCCGGCGGCGCGGGCCGGGGUCGCCGCGGGCUGCCCGGAGGGGGGCGGAGCAGGAGCUGCGCGAGCCGCCGCGCUCGUGCGCGAGCUGGCCGGUAGGGGCCGUUGCCACCCCCCGCAGGGGGAGGGGAGGCGGAGCCGGGCGCGGCGCGAGGCCGGGUCGCGCGGCGGCGGCGCUUCUCCUCGCCCAGCCGGCGGCGGCCCCCGCGGCGGUCAUGGCGGCCGUCCUGUCCCCGCGCCUCUGCGACAGCGACCCGGCCACGCCCGGCGCCCAGUCCUUGAAGGAUGACACAGAAGAAAAUUCCAAUGACGGCAGCCAGCCAUCCAAAAGACGACGUAUGGGCUCAGGGGACAGUUCUCGGAGCUGUGAAACUUCUAGUCAAGACCUUGGAUACAGCUAUUUUCCUGCUGAAAACUUGAUAGAAUACAAGUGGCCACCAGAUGAAACAGGAGAAUACUAUAUGCUUCAGGAGCAAGUCAGUGAAUAUUUGGGUGUGACUUCCUUUAAAAGAAAAUAUCCAGAUUUAGAAAGACGAGAUCUGUCUCACAAGGAGAAACUCUACCUCAGAGAACUAAAUGUUAUCACAGAGACUCAGUGCACACUAGGUCUAACAGCUUUGCGUAGUGAUGAAGUAAUUGAUCUUAUGAUUAAAGAAUACCCUGCCAAACAUGCUGAGUAUUCUGUUAUACUGCAAGAGAAAGAACGUCAGCGAAUAACAGAUCAUUAUAAAGAGUACUCUCAAAUGCAGCAGCAGAACACACAGAAAGUAGAAGCCAGUAAAGUUCCAGAAUAUAUUAAAAAAGCUGCCAAGAAAGCUGCAGAAUUCAACAGCAAUUUAAACCGAGAGCGGAUGGAAGAAAGAAGAGCCUAUUUUGAUUUACAGACACAUAUCAUCCAGGUGCCUCAAGGAAAAUACAAAAUCUUACCUACAGAGAGAACAAAGGUUAGUCCUUAUCCAGUGGCUCUCAUACCUGGCCAGUUCCAGGAGUACUACAAAAGAUACUCUCCAGAUGAACUUCGUUACUUGCCAUUAAACACAGCUCUUUACGAACCUCCUUUGGAUCCAGAGCUGCCUGCAUUAGACAGUGAUGGAGAUUCAGAUGAUGCAGAGGAAGGGCGAGGUGAUGAAAAACGGAAAACCAAAGGCAAUUCGCCAAAGGUCAUUCCAAAUGCUAUAUGUGGAAUUUGUCUGAAGGGUAAGGAGUCCAACAAGAAAGGAAAAGCUGAAGCUCUUAUACAUUGCUCCCAGUGUGACAACAGUGGCCACCCUUCUUGCCUUGAUAUGACCCCGGAGCUUGUUGCUAUGAUUAAGACUUAUCCUUGGCAAUGUAUGGAGUGUAAAACAUGCAUUAUAUGCGGGCAGCCUCACCACGAAGAAGAAAUGAUGUUCUGUGAUGUAUGUGACCGUGGUUAUCACACUUUUUGUGUGGGGCUUGAUGCUAUCCCUUCAGGUCGCUGGAUUUGUGAUUGUUGUCAGAAAGACCCUCCCGUACCCAGAAGAGGAGGAAGAAGGGGGAAAAACAGCAAGGAGGGCUAAAACCCCCCCAAAACUUGCUGUCCAAAACUUAACUGCACAAAUUAAAGUGACACUUUGGUGCUAUUUAACCAACCACUCUAAGAGGAACAAUGCCACUUUUUUUUUCUUUUUACCAAAUAAACUUUUAAUUUUGGCUAUAUAAUGGGUUUUUUGUGAUAAAAGUCACUAAUC